AUGGCUCAUAGACGCAAGCUAAAGCUCUAUUUCCGCCUUUGCACAGAUGUUCGGAAGAAAGGAGACUCUCCGAGGAGGAGGACUUUGUCUCUGUCAAGGAGGGAAUCCCCUAAGCGAGAUUCCAAGAGCCUGAUGGGACCAUUGAGAUAUGCUCUCAGGAUUCCUCCAACUCUCCGGCGGAUAGGUGGGGGAAAGGCUACUAUGAGAAGGAGUACCCUAAGGGCACGGGAUGAAGCUGGUCCGUCUUAUGCCCCACGCUGCUCCUGUCACUUCGACCAUAACAUGCUGCUAAUGGAGCGAGACCUACUCAAGGAGGAUCUAGCAUGCAUUAGUGCCCAAGUGACUCACCUUUGGAGUGAUCUUGCUGAUGCGGAUCGCGCUGUGUCUGCAGCUUAUUCCGACGGCAUAUGUGAUAGAUUUAGAUAG